CCGCUAGAGUCCAGACAGACAGACAGAGGGGGGCGUGGAGGGAGUGAAGCACCGUGUUCUGCUGCUACUACUGUCAGGCUGUCUGCUCAGUCUGCCGGCCGUCAUCCUUCUCCUGGCAGUGUUUCCUCCUUCUAUAACCUGCAACAGACCCAUACGUUUGAGAGUCAUGGAAGAAUUAAGAGAAGAGUGGGAUGCUGCCACAAGCUUUGCCCCAGGAGCAGUGAGUGAACGGUGGUGGAGCACCAUUAGUCAGCAGUACACAGCUGAGGGUCGGGUGUAUCACGGCCCCAACUAUUUGAGCCAGCUCUUCUCUCUCUACCAUGAGCAUCAAGACAAGCUAACCAAUGCUCAGGCUGUGGCUCUGGCCAUUUUCUUCCACAAGUUGGAGUACAAUCCUCGCUGCUGUGAUUCAGAUUUGAAAAAUGUGGAGAAGUUUGAUGAGUUCAUCUCAGAAGCUGGUGAAGGUCAACAGGAUUCUGCAGUGGCAAGAGCAGUACGGGCAUUGCUGGAAGCCUCGGUGAACAACUUGACUGAUGCCCACAUGACUGAGGGUGGAGUAGGGACAGAUGAUUUACACUAUUUCCUGGACUUCACAACUGGCGUGCUGAGCUGUCCCUCUCAAGAAUACCAACAGUAUACAACCAAGAUCCAGGCAGAGUAUGUCCAUCUUCCCACAGCAUCUUACAACCAACUCAGAUUGAAGAUGUUGAAGAACUUGGUGCUGAUGCCCAACAUCUAUGCAACUCCUGAGUUCCAGAAAGAACGAGAAAAAACUGCUCGAGAGAACUUGCAGUGGGAGAUAGACAGCCUACAAGGUUAAACUAAAAGGUAGGGCUAACUUGCAACCAACAUUUUGCUAUGUUUUACCGUUGUGAUUGUUUGAGGUCUAAGAACAUUCCAUAGAUUUAGAGUGGCUGUACUAUUUGAAUUUUUAGCUUCAUAAUUUCCAUUUUUACCAGAACAAAAUUUCUCACAGGCACAUUUUGUCCGAUUUUAGUCUUUUAUUGACAAUUUCUUAAGUUGUAUGAAGCAAGUUUAACAGAAAUGAAAAGAGAAUACAAAUUUGCUGCUAAAUAUCAUGACGUGUGUUAAUACCGUAAAUUACUUCACAUCACAUUAUGCUUUAAAGCAUAUUCAGAAGUAUUUAUGAGUUUGAUCACAGCUGUUUGUGUGUGUGUGUGUGUGUGUGUGUGUGUGUGCAUAUGUAUUUGUCUCAUACUGUCUGUCAAUGCUCAGGAGUUGUGCUGCAGUGUUUUGUGAAUUAGGGCACUUGUCAUUAGAAAAUGUGUCUUAUUAUGUAUGGAAUUCUACUUGUUAGUGUUUUCUAGACUGUGUUUCAUUAUGUAUAUUCUUGGUAUGUACUUCCUCAGUAUACAUGUGGUUUCUGAGUGUUAUGAAUGAUCUGAUAGUUUUAUCUAUUGAGCAUUGUUGUGAAAAAAAAAAAAGGUUAAUGUGAGAAAAAAAUAAUUAAAAAUAAGAUAUUUAGCACCUUUCUGGUUUCAGACUUUUAUCUUAUUGAGUGGCAGUUGAUGUCAAUGAUAGAAACAUUGUUGGCUAUUCUGGCCGCUUUAAUAAUGAAUUAGCUGUGGCUGCCCUACUAAUUAGAAAAAAAAAAAAAAAAAAAAAAAAGAACUUUAAAUUUGAUUUAAAUUGUACUUCUCAUUUGGAGUAUUUUUGCAUUGAUACUUUUGUUGUUAAGGACUUGGUAUUUAUUACAAAUGCUGCCUUAACAAAUUUGUCUUAAAAUUUAUGAAAAUUAUUGUCAGUUGGUCAGCUUACCUUGUGUGUGCCUCAUCUUGUGCUGAAUGCUCCACAUCUAACAAUCUUGCUGAUAUGUCAUGAACAAAGGGAACCAUACUUGUGAGAAAGAGCAUCUUAGUCUUGCUGAAAAUAUAUCUGCUCCUUCCAUAAUCACCUCUCCUUUACAGAGCAUAUUACACAAAGCCUUAUUUCAUAUUGUCUUUGAAGAAUUGCUUUCCAUCAAGUUUAUUUUGUACUGUGAAAUUUUAUAUAUAUAUAUAUAUAUAUAUAUAUAUAUAUAUAUAUAUAUAUAUAUAUAUAUAUAUAUAUAUAUAUAUAUAUAUAUAUAUUUAAACUGUGUUGCUGGUAGUCUUGAUGCUGGUAUGCUUUUAUGGCAAGGAAGGGAGAAAGUCUUGUGGAGUUGCUUGUUCUUCAGUAUUUGUAGAUUUAGUAUGAUAUGCUAUUCUUAAGUACACUGAUUUUUGCUUCUUCAGUUGAGAAACAAUGGAAAUAGUUCUUAUGGUUUAAAUUUAUACAAUUUAUUUAAUAUGUACACACACACACACACACACACACACACACACACACACACACAUUUUAGAAGUAUGACUUACUCAAUACAGCUUUACUUCCAUCCUGUUAAAUUUUAAUGAUAUUAUUAUUUGUUGUCAAAUGCAGAAUGAUGAUCUUUGCUUGAACAAUUUCAUUUCAUUGCAGAUAUCAGAUAUCAGUAGUAUGUUAUCUUAGAAGUGUUCUUCUUAAUACAGGUGCUGUAUAGCUAGGAGGAAUAUGGUCAUUAGCAACCAUUUAUAAAGGUAGAAGGAAUAUAGUUAUUGGUUACCAGUGUCCACAAGGCAGGCACUUCUUUGUACCAUCAUGAUGCUAGUGGUGCAGCCUUAAUUGUGACUCUUUUGAAAUACUGAACAGCAAUACAAAGAUCUUGGCUUGGUGGAGUGAUUAUUUGGAAACAGUAAUGUGCAUUGUUGCCCACUCUUUAUCAGCAUGGAGCCACAUUAUUAUUAUGUACGUCCUUGUGCUGAAAUAGCCUUGCACUGACUUUAUAAUCUGUACCUGUAUCUCAAAAAGUUGUCUUGGAAGUAUUAUUCAUUGUUUACAAAAGAUUGAUUCUAAGUUGGUAAUAGAUAUUUCAGAAGCAUAACAUACUGAGGGAAACUCCAUAAUCUGACCUCCUAGCUUGAAAACACAUUAAAGUUUAUAAGACUUCUAAGCUUGCAAAUGCAUUUUAUUUUAGGUUUUGGUGAAAAGGUUACAAAAUUGGUUGAAAUAUUGUUACCAGUCUCAUUUCUUUACAUCUUGAAAGUAAAGCACUACCUACUUAAGUUUUAUGGAGCUGUGGAAACCAAGAAAAUUAAAAAAAUCCAAUAAUGUUAAAUACAAAAGGUAGCAAUCUAAAAUGCAAUACAGUAAUAAUGUGAUGAAAAUUGUUAUGGAGUGGUAUCAAAAUGCAGUAUAAUAGCAAAAUAAUAUUUUCAAGAGUUUGUGGACUAUUGUUGUGUUUUCUCUUAUUUAAUCAAUUUUAAUUUUUGCAGAUUAAACUUGUUCACAGAAUUUCUUUUCAAGUAUUUAAUGAAGUCUCAUGGAUCCUGUCAAGGUCAGACAAUGGAGCUUCCACUGUGUUGGUAAUUUGUAAAAUCUCAUAAUAAAAAAAAGUGGCAUAAUGUAAGUUUAGUAUAAUUGUAGUUAAUUAUGAUAUUAGAGUUGCUGAGUGUACUGACCUUUUUUUCUUUGCUGCCUCAAUGUCUUCAUGAUUGAAACCAGUUUUACAUCACAGUGGUCUGAGUUUUGGAAAAAAAAAUCUUUCAAGUGGGUUACUGAUGUGACUUCAAUAUUUGCCUAGGAGGUUAUAAGAAUCUUCAUAAUGGUAUAUCUUUGUAAAUUUGAAUUCAAAUUAUUGUAUGUGUUACUUAUGAUUAUAAGCUGUAAGAGGUUCGUGUCAUUUAUUUUAUGUGAAGUAUUUGUAAAAGAUCUUAAAAAGUGUAGUAAUGGGUAUAACAUUGAGAUACUCACUUAUUGCAUGAUAUAUGAACACUGGAUAUUGAAAUGUUUUGUGUAUAAAGGAUGCAUUUAUUGAAAA